AUGGGAUCUAGUAAUGAGUUUUAUUCUGGAGAGUUCAAUUUGGAAGCCAAGUGGCUCAUUGAUCCAAAGCUUCUAUUUGUUGGGCCAAAGAUUGGAGAAGGUGCUCAUGCUAAAGUAUAUGAAGGAAAGUACAAGAAUCAAAAUGUUGCUAUUAAAAUUGUAAAUGGAGGAGAAACCCCAGAAGAGAUUGCCAAGAGAGAAGCACGGUUUGCAAGAGAGGUUGCUAUGUUAUCUAGAGUUCAACACAAAAAUCUAGUGAAGUUUAUUGGUGCUUGCAAGGAGCCUGUCAUGGUGAUAGUAACUGAGCUUCUUUUAGGCGGGACAUUGCGCAAAUACUUGCUGAACAUGCGACCAAGGUGCUUGGACAUGUGUGUGGCUGUUGGGUUUGCUCUUGAUAUUGCUCGUGCUAUGGAAUGCUUACACGCCCAUGGGAUCAUUCAUCGUGACCUAAAACCUGAGAACUUGAUCUUGACUGUGGACCAUAAAACAGUUAAACUUGCAGAUUUUGGUUUAGCCAGAGAAGAGUCAUUAACAGAGAUGAUGACUGCUGAAACAGGAACAUACCGGUGGAUGGCUCCAGAGCUUUACAGCACAGUCACAUUAAGGCAUGGUGAGAAGAAACACUAUAAUCACAAGGUGGAUGCUUAUAGCUUUGCGAUUGUGUUGUGGGAGCUCAUCCAUAAUAAAUUGCCUUUUGAAGGCAUGUCAAAUCUACAGGCAGCAUAUGCAGCUGCUUUUAAGAAUGUGAGGCCCAGUGCUGAGAACCUUCCAGAGGAUUUGGCUUUGAUUGUGACCUCAUGUUGGAAAGAAGAUCCAAAUGCUCGGCCCAACUUCAGCCAAAUUAUACAGAUGCUCCUGCAUUACCUUUCUACCAUUUCAGCACCAGAGCCUGUCAUCCCUGCUAGGAUAUUCACAUCUGAGAAUGCGGUUUUGCCACCAGAGUCUCCUGGUACAAGUUCCUUAAUGGCUGUAAGAGAUGACUCAGGGGAAACCCCGAGAACCCAGAUAGAAGACAAGCCAAGAGGUUUCUUUUUCUGCUUUAACCAGUGUUACUGA